UGCUUGAUCACAACGCGUCAUAUCCGUAACCACUGAGAGUUGCUGGGUGGUGGGGUCUGCUUAUUCUAUGACUCAAAACAGUCAUGGAAUGUAUGUAGAAUAAAGUUAUUGUUACGUGGUCCCCAGGAGAGCCUAACCUUCUGAGAACGAAAACGGAGUCCGGGGUUUCUGGGAACUGGAGUUGGGGCCGCGUUCAGCAAGCAUAUGUGCGACCUGCCGGCGGCGGCCGCGUCCCCCGGUCAGCAGACGAGCGUCCGACAGUAGGAGCGACAUGGCCCUCUGGUGCUGACACAACCAAUGGCAACCAAUGAGGAAGCGCCGGCCGCUUCCGCUGGGGGCUACUACCAACUGAGCGCCACAGUUGUUUCCGGGAAAAUCCGAGCGAAUGGGUUCUUUAAACCGAAUCCAUACGUGGAAAUUGGUGUGGAUGAUAACAAAGAUCGUUUGAAGACUGUUUCUGUGAAAAGCACAUACAAACCCACCUGGAAUGAAACAUUCACCAUCCUGGUGAAGCCGUCCUCGCGGAUCCAGUUCGCCGUGUACGACCACAGCGCCAUCAAGCGCGACAACCGGCUGGCGGAGGCGGUGCUUGACCUGCCGGACGUGCUGCACAAGCAUGACGGCAAGCUCAACAACGUGCAGGUUCACGUGCGGCUGGUGGCGCCGGGCAAGUCUGCGGAGGCGGCCUGCCUGGCCGAGCUGUCGGUGCUGCUGUCUGGCAUGACAGUGCGCCGCGAGCUGCUCCCCAGCCGCCGCGAGCCCGCCGACACGCUGACGCCCCUGCUGCGGCCCUCCGGCAGCCAGCGCUCCAGCCAUCACGACCGUGGAGGAACAAGUACGCCGCCGUCGACGGUAAAUUGCUGCCCAUGA